AUGCUACUCCUGAACAUUCUAGGUCUUGUGGGUGCUGCAUUGGCAGCCACCACUACGACAUGCCAGACUGUCUCCACAUCCACGUCUACGUCCAGGGUCAAAACUUAUUGGAACACGGAGACAACGACCGAAACGAAAUCGAUCAAAAGCGUGUAUCAAGAUACAAUAACGACAACGCAGCCAGACAAGACGGUCACAAGUCAAAACACCAUCUACACCCUUGUUGGAACAACAACAGUUGGAGGUGGACUGGUGUCGGCUGGGAGCACAACCACAAGUACGAGCCAGAUUUGGACUACUGUGACCGCAACGACGUCCACUGUGUCGACCUUCACCUCUACGAUAUCUUAUCCGACCUCGACAAUAUCCCCAAGCCCCGGCUUCACACCACUUGCGGAUUAUCUUAAUAGCCAGGGGCAUGUCGCUACGAGAAUCAAAUCGGCUGCAAGGAAGAGAAACGUAGCUUUUGAAGACGCCGGUGUGAUUGAGAAUAGACAAGCCUCGCAGUAUCCGGUGUUUGUCCUCUGUGAUAAGUAUAUCGGGACGACUACUUCCACGACCGUGACGAGCACGAAAACGCCGCCAAAGACGUCAACAUUGUCGAGAUCGACGACGACGGUCACGGCUGCAGAUGCUACGAAGAAAGUCAAGUCGACUGUCAGUGCUGGCGCAACGACAACUUAUACCGCUACGUCCACCUACUACGCCGCCUGCGCCGCCAACAACAGCGUCGAUACCGUCGACGGCGGAGCCAUUGAGAGCUUCUCCCCAUACACGCCAGGACUCGGCUUCUCCUUGUAUCAGGGUGUGCCAGCUCCCCAAACCGCAUACGAGUGUUGCGUUGCUUGCCUCAUGAUGGACCCGCCGUGUGCACUUAGUUGGUGGACGACUAAUCCGACUCCGGGAUGCUUGCUUCUUGCUGAUAACGGGACUUGCACGGGGAGCGGUUUCCAGGCGUGGUUCAAGACUACGCCAGGGGAUGAGUCGGAUACGACGUUUUCUAACAGCAAUUGUGCUUCGUGGGAUUAUUUGGGGACGACUUGA